CGGGGGGUGUUGUUUCCUCCACAAUCUUACGACAGCUAGAAGAUGGCGAUGAAACGAACAUCAAUUUAUGCUCUAUGUGUACUGUUUAUGUCAUUAAUUUUUGCUGAGUCGCCACCUCGGCAAUUAAACACGGAAAGCAUUCUGAUCAAUGUGACAGCAGGGCCAUUGGAUGAUACACAGGUGCAGGAGUCCAACAACUUGCAGAUCAACUUGAAUAUUUCAGUGGAUGAAGAUCAGGUGCUCAUCAAUGACAUCCCUGUGGAGUUGUCAGGGGUGACCAGGUUGAACUGCCAAGCCUUGCUGUUGGAUACCACCAAUGGCACAAGUGAAUUUGAAUCUGGUGACUAUGUCUCCACUGUCACCCGGGUGAUGGUGAGCCAGAAUCGCCUGUGGAGUGAUUCAGAAGAGGUGGUGUCUCUCCAAGUGUUCAGCGAGGUCAUCGAGAUGGAGGGGAAAAAGGUCCAGCAGCCAGAAAUGUGUGAAGUGAAGAUACUGAUGAGCCCCAAUUUCCAGACGCUUGCUCAGUAUACCAACACCUAUCCCAUUGGACACAGCGAGAUUUUCAGGAUCCCAAGGGAAAAUGAUGUGGUCAUCACAGAUCCAACAAAUCCUAAAAAAGCUGAAGACCAAGUGAUGUCCCAGACCACCAGUCAUUACCCUCUGAAGCAUGCUGACACCACCCAGGAGGAGACUGCUGCCCCAGGCAAGCUCCCAGAGACUCCCCUUCGCAUGGACCCAGACCUGCUGUAUGAUAACAAUGAUGAGGGUGAUGACUUGGGAGGGCUGUCGGAUCAGAUGCAGACAGAGGCACCGCUCAAAGAAUCUAUCUCUUCUUACAGUGCCAUGUGUCGAUGGGUGGAGGAGGUGAGGGACCGCUUGCGACGCUUCUGGUCUGAGUCCUUGCCCCUGUUCUUCUUGGUCAUGUGGGUGGUGGUGAUUGGUGUGGUUGGGUCAGCGGUCAUUGUCAAGAUCCUGGACAUGUUCUUCCCAACAUGCGAACACAAGGGAAUUUUCCAUUUAAAUCCUGUGACUCUGAUGCUGGAAGAUGAGAAACACACCCUGCUGGAGAACAUUGAAAUAGAGGCAGAGGAGGAGAAAAGGCCUUCAAUGAAAACUGAAGAAGGAUGAAGUGGAUGAGUCUGAUUACAUCUGUUGAAAACACAAGGCAUUAUGUGGUUAGAGAAACCAUCAUCUCUUUGUAGCACUUAUUACACAUGCAUUGCAUACACAACAUGAUUCACUUUAUUUCUCAAACAUUAUACCCUCCUCUCAAAACAUGAAUCUGAAAUGUUACUACUGGAAGCAGAGCUACCUACUGCACACUGUGUUACUUUUCAUAUUAUGAUUGUGUUACCUCACAGUGCCUCUGUAACGAUUCUACUUUGCAUUAUGAAAUACUGACUUAUUUUUGAUUGCUCAUUUCAUACUAUUUUAGCAUUCUGACUGGAUGAUACUGAGGAUUUGGUGUUUGGUGUUUGUUUGCAUGCAACUUUAAAUCAUAACAGAUUAACAGCUUUUAUUUACUGCAUUUUCAGCCAGUGCACAAUAUUAUGUUGGAGCCUCACCAAUGCAUUUGUUGUAAAAUGUCAACAACAAAACAUAUUUUGAUCUUGCUAUUGCAUUUUGACUGAACUUGACUGGCCUGUGCUUAGGUUCAUAAAAGGACAGGUGGUCCUAGUCUUGCACCCAUCAUUAUGAGUGCAGUGCAGAACAAAUAAUGAUCAAAUAUUAGAUCUCAUUCCAACCAUUUCAAUUGAUCGAGAAGAAACUGUUAGUUCCUAUAGCUGAAUGAUCUCUGGGGCAUAUUCACUUGACUCUUUGUCACAGAACAUUGCAGAUAGACCUGGAAAGUAUAGAACAGACAUUAACUGCAUUAGAGUCAUGCCCAGUCUAUACAUUCCAUUUCUGUUCACGCUGAAACAUUGCACUCUGAAUACACCCCUGCUGCUUUAUGCCUGUUUUUUAUGUGUUUUAACUUCAUUGAAAUGUAUGAAUGGUUACUGGAUGUUCUUUGCAAUGUGAAUUAAUGACAAUGGCCGUGCACAGUCAACAUAGACAUCUGAAGCUACACUUAUAGGACCUUAUACACUUUACCUUCAGUCUCAGAAUAUAGUUAUAGUCAAACCUACUCCUCUCCCAAUAGCUUAUUGGCUGGUUUGCCUCAAAGCAGGCUAGGCAUGGUCAAAAUAGAAUUGUAUCAAUGUGAUUCUCAAGACUAGGCGCCUGGUUGACUUACGCAUGGCAUUGAAUGGGGCCCUGGCACAUUGACUUUCUGCCUCAGAACUUAGUAGCCAUAGUAGGGAAUGCAGUUGGCUGUCAAUGUAACAGCUUCAUAAUAGGAAACUGCAUGCUGAUUUGAACUUGAGUGGGUGAAGUAGAACUUAAACAGUUAUUUUACCUCUUGCUUCUAUGGUGCCUCAAAAUUCAAUUUCAGUCUUGUGUUUUACUGAAGCAUGGGAGCAUGGCAUGUGUUUUCAUUCAAAUCAAACUGUACAUUGAAUUCCCAAAUCCUGCUCAAUAAAUGUUUCUGUAAAUGUU